CCACCAGGCCGGCCGAGCCCAGCCCAGCCCAUGGCCGGCGGAGGGUGGACGUUGCCCGGCGGGGAUUUCUUGUCCCCGCAGCCGCCGCCGCCUCCUUCCCAGCCGGAGCCUCCGCCGCCGCCGCCUCCGCCGCCUCCCGCUGCUGCUGCUGCUGCUGCUGCCGUCCCCGCGGCGGAGCCCGACCUGGAGCCCUGGCGCGAGAAGCAGGAGAGCGACCGGCACUGGGCGCUGCGCAAGCGGUUCCUGCUCCGCAACCUGCCGAGCUACUCGGGCCACGACGCCGCCUUCCAGAAGCUCCUGGCGCUCUCCCACGCGUGGACCAACCAUGUCUUCAUGGGAUGCAGGUAUGGCUCCCAAGUUAUGGAGAAAGUCCUCCGGAUGGCCGAAGGAAUCGAUAUUGGGGAGAUGCCAUCGUUUGAGUUGGUGCCAGGUGCCAAGGCAACGAAAAGGCCGCGCUCCCCCCUGGACGAGUCGUCUUCUCGCAGUCUCGAAGCUCCAAGGAAACAGCCUCCCAAAUUCCGCGUCAGGCCUCGUUUUGAACCCAUACACUUCGUAGCCAGCAAUACGCGAGAUGGAGGAAAGGAACGGCCAUCAGAAAACCAAGCGCAGGACGCCGCCGGCGAGAACAUCACAGCUCAGCAAAUCCAAAACUACGCCGAUCGGGUUUUCAGCAGCUUCAGUACACAGGAUGGGGACCCUCAGUUUUCAAGCGCCGUGGGCUUAGGCUACGGAAGCAGCCAGGGCAACCAGACGGAAGCCAAGGCAGUUCCCCAAAGCAAAGACACUUCUGCUAGUGGCCCUGCGGUGGUUUCAGGGGCGCCUUCUCUUCUCCAAACAGCCUCCGAAACGUUUCCCAAGUCAGUUAUAACAGUCAAGCAGUGUUUCAUCAACAAACUUGUAGCGGCUGUCCGCAAGAAUCUUGCUAACCCGGAUGCUAGCGGCGGACCUGACAAAAUCAACUACACUUAUCUUUUGACGCGAUCCAUCCAGGCUUGCAAGACAAACCCCGAGUAUAUUUAUUCCCCCUUGAAAGAGAUUUCCCCGGGUGACCUCCCCAAGAGCAAGAAGCUCCUCAAAGAGGGCUUUGCUUGCGAGGUAAGGUGUCAGAACGUGUAUUUGACCACAGGGUAUGCUGGCAGCAAAAAUGGGUCCCGGGACCGAGCAACGGAGUUGGCGGUGGUGAUGCUGCAGAAGCCCGUGGAGGUGAAAGUGGCACAGCGGAAGUUCAAGAACACCACCCGGGAGGAUCUAGUGCUGUGUGAGAGUGGCACGUCCCCUGCCGAAUUCCCACCGGCCCUCAAGCAGCUGGACGACUUCAUCGCUGCCAUGAAAGAAUGCGCACCCGGGCAGGCGAAUUCCGACCCCUUGCAAGGCCCCAGUUCGGCAAAGCACUGGACUAACUUUGUCUUGACGGAAAACGCCAGCGACGCCAUUGGGAUUCUGAACAACUCGGCGUCCUUCAACAAAAUGACUGUCGAAUACAAAUACAUCUUGAUGCCGAACCGCUUGUGGCGCUGCAGUGUCUAUUUACAGGACCACUUCUUAGCCGAAGGCUAUGGCACCAAGAAAACCAGCAAGCACGCAGCGGCAGACGAGGCACUGAAAAUCCUGCAGAAGACCCAGUCCAACGCCGGCGCCACCAAAGCGGUCCAGGUUCAGAAAGUGGGCGGCCCGGCCCGGGAUCCUGCCAAGAAGAAGGACCUGAAAGAACUCGUCGUGUAUGAGAACUCCAUGAACCCCGUGUGCACGCUUAACGACACGGCUCAGUUCAACAAGAUGACCGUGGAGUACGUCUUCGAAAGGAUGACGGGGAUGCGGUGGAAGUGCAAGGUAAUGCUGGAAAAUGAAUUAAUCGCUGAAGCCAUUGGGGUGAAGAAGACGGUCAAGCAUGUGGCAGCCGAGGAGGCCGUCAAAGUCCUAAAGAAGACCCAGCCGACUGUCGUCAACAACCUGAAGAAAGGCACCAUCGAAGACGUCAUCUCGAGGAAUGAGAUCUGCGGGCGCUCAGCUGAAGAGGCCCUGAAGCAGCAGAUCAAGGAGGACAACAUCGGGAACCAGAUUUUAAGGAAAAUGGGCUGGACGGGGGGCGGCUUGGGCAAAAGUGGGGAGGGGAUCCGGGAGCCGAUCGCGGUGAAGGAGCAGUUCAAAAGGGAAGGCCUUGGGCUUGACGUUGAAAGGGGGUCGAAAAUCACCAAGAAAGAUAUCGAGCAGAUCAUCCAGAACUACGCCUUCUCGGACAGUAAAAUCGACCUGACUUUCUCCACGGAACUCACCAACGAUGAGCGCAAACAGAUACAUCAAAUUGCCCAAAAAUAUGGGCUUAAGAGCAAAUCCCACGGCCAGGGCCGCGAUAGAUAUCUGGUGGUUAGCCGAAAGAGGCGCAAAGAGGACUUGUUAGACCAGCUAAAGCAAGAUGGCCAAGUUGGCCAUUAUGAACUCAUUAUGCCCCAGGAGAAAUAAGUGCCCCUGACCCCUUCCUGGGCAUGCCCGGACUGAGGCUGAAUUCCCCAUUAAACAGAGCAAAGGCUGCAUAUUGUGGUGGGAAAAGAAUGAUUAAGAAAAAAAGUUUUCCUUGCUCAUUUAAUUUCAAAAUCUUUAUUAGGAAAAAAAAGUUAGAACUUUUAAAACCAGAGUUCUGUCCAAACAUAUGUAGUGCUGUCUGGAUAACAUUAGUGCAGUUACCUGUUUUAUGAAAUCUCUUGGAAAUGGCUUAUUUCCUUCACAUUUUACUAGUUUUGUAAUAGCAGAAACAAGUCCACCCGGGGAAAACUCCACACUGUGGUUUUUUUUUUGGUUUU